AUGCCGAAAGCUACUAAGCUUCAUAACAAGGGUAAGACGAAUACUAUUCAGAAGUCUUGUAAACCAGAUAAAGAUAUAACAGACAGUGCUAAUCCUGAAGAGUCGAUAAGAGAAUUCCAGUUGCAAUUAUGCUGGUGCAUUCAACAGCUUGAAAGGACUUUAGCAGAAAAGAAAGGCAAUGAAAAGCAAUUACAAGAAGCUUGGAAAGUACUUACUGUGUUAAAGAAUAAUAAUCAGCCCAUGAUACGCAAAAGACAACUUAUGAGAACACAUUUUGGCGAUUACAGAGCAAAAAUGGCUGCAGAAGAAAAAAAACUUGCAAAAAUGGCAAGCAAAAUUAAGAUUUCUGAUAGCCCCGCUCAGCCAAAGGCUACCUUUUUGCGGAAAUCUGCCUUUUUGACGACUGGAGAUAGUUCAUUUAAAUUUAAUUUCCAUGUACCACAAGAAAAUACUGAUUCUAGUGUACUAAAUAACAUUGAUGAUAACACUGAAUCAACGAGUCAAGAUGACAUAGACAAAAAUAAAAGUUCAAAUACAGAAAUACAGAAUUCAAAAAGCAUUAAGUUUUCUAAUUCAGAUUCUGUAUUUAAAUUUAACUUUAAUAUAGAA